AUGCCAGAGGACACCGCAAAGAAGCAGCCCUCUAGAUCAAACGACUCCAAGUCCAAGUCCGCCAGCGCCCCCUCCGCCUCGACUCCCACUUCUGCCGCCGCCGGUACCACAACCAACACUACUGCCUCCGGCCAGCAGCAGCAGCAGCAGCAGCAGCAGCAGCAGAGGCGCCACAGCAGCAAGGGCAAUCACAGCUCCCAAGGCGGCAAAAAGUCCAGCACCGGCGCCGACAAGCCCACCACCACCGCAAGCCCUGAAAGCGCAACCACCGCCGACUCUGACCACAAGACGGCCGGCACGAGGCCCUCGCGAGCGCAGAACAAGAAAGUCAGCAACGGCAACCCGCCUUCGUCGUCCUCAACUUCCUCCAAGGCGGCCAACCACAGCGGCAGCAGCACCAAGUCGGACCGCAACGCAGCCAUGAACCGCGCCGGCUCUAACAACAGCACUGGCAGUGGUGGCGCUGGCGGCAACGCCAGCAACAGCAGCAACAAGCGCGACACUGCCUCGAGCGUGCACGCCCGCAAGCCCGGAUCCGCUUCGCCAGGUGCUGCCGCCGGCGGCCGCGACUCGAGCGCUGCCCUCAACAACCUCCAGCAGAUGAUCGCCGACAUCAAGUCGACGCCUCCCGGUGGUCGGGUCGGCGGCGCUGGCGGCCAGAACAGCCUCGGCGAUGCCGAAAACGAGCUCGCCGCAGUCAACAGCCGUCUGCAGGCGCAGGAAGAGCACCUCAGGACCCAGCUGCAGAACCAGCUCAACAUUUCCUCGCCUCCGGGCGGCCGCGGCAACUUUGCCUCGCGAGCCGGAGGUCUCGCCAGCCUCGGCGAGGACAGCGAAGCCGCCGUCGCCCGCCACGCGGCCAACCCGUCUGCUGGCGGCGGCGGCGGCGGAGCCACGGCAGCCGAAUUGCGCGCGGCCAACGCCCACCAGCGUCAACUCAGCCUACAGGGCCGCUUCGCUGAUCUCGGGUACAACAUGGGCUCGGGCCUCGGCCCGUCGCCCAACGAGAUGGACGAUAUGACCGACGAUGGCGCCAGCAGCAUCGACUAUAUGGGUGGGUCUGCCUUCGACCCCACCCGCAACAGCCGUCAGGAACACGACCACCUCUCCGCAGCCGCCCAUCGCCGCAGCGGCAGUGACAUCAGCGGGCUGGUCGGCGGUGGUCGUCAGAUGGGCGGCAUUGGCGGCCCUGGCGGCAUCAGCAAUUUGACCGCCCAGAGCCAGAUGUAUGCCGACCAGCAGGUGGCGAUUCAGCAGCAGAUUGAGAUGCUGCAGCUCCAGCAGCAGCAGCUUCUGCAGCAGCAGGCCGCGUUUGGUGGCCCUGGCGGUGGCGGACAGGGCGCCGGACUGCAGCAGUUCAACAUGCACCAGGGCUUUGGCGGCGGCGCGGGCAUCGGCGGCGGACACCGCCGCAUCCAGAGCCAUGCGCCGCAGACCGGACCGAUGGGCAGCUUCUCGACCAGCCACUCGUUCGGCGGCGGCCUCAGCGGCUUCGCCAUGAACCAGCAGAGCGCGCCACCCUCGGCCAACCUGCCGCGCGGACACGGGCGUCGCCACUCGGUCAACGUCGUCAACAAGGCCAACCAGGCGGCUGCCGGCAGCAACGGUGGCGGCAGCGUCAACGUCGGCAACAGCAACUCCGGCGAGGGCGGUCCGGCCAUGCAGCCCAAUCCCGACUUUUCCUUCCCCAACACCAUCAGUCGCAACCGCCAGCAGCAGGGCCAGAACCAGCAGCUGGGUGUCGGGGGCGGCGUCCCCACGCCUCCUGGCGGCGCUGGCCAGGCCGGCUUGCUGCCCGCGUUCAGCCCGAGCGCGCAGCCGCCGCAGCCGUCGAUGGGCCACUUUAGCCACCCUUCGCUGCAGCUGCAGCAACUGUCGCCCGAAUACCUGAUGGCCGGCGGCGGACUCAUCAGCCUCAACUCGUUCAACGGCAGCGGCUCGAUGAACGAUCUCGCCGACGGCUUCGGCGGCGCGGGAAGCGGAGGACCCGGCGGCGCGGGCCGUGGCGGUCACGGGCGUACCAACAGCGGCGCCAGCUGGCGGAUCAACGGCACUCCUGGUGGCCCCCAGGUCAUGGAUCUCGCCUCUGCCCAGGCGCAGCUGGCCUCGCUCCGCCAGUUCCGGGCCCAGGCCAGCGGUGCGCCCCCGCACCACCACAACCAGCACCACCACAAGACGCCCUCGUUCGGCGGCGGCUUCAACCCCAUGGGCCCUGGCGGCUUCCCCGGCCAGUUUGGCGCCGGUGGCUUCAACCAGCAGCAGCCGGGCCAGACUCCGGGUGGAGCGCUGCAGCGCAAGGCGCUCUUUGGCAACUACCUCCAGCAGUCGACGUUGCCCGUCCUGCUGGCCGAGGGCAAGCUCGUGGUGGGCGUGCUGCGGAUCAACAAGCGCAAUCGCAGCGACGCCUACGUCACCACCGAGGUGCUCGACAGCGACAUCUUCAUCAGCGGCUCCAAGGACCGCAACCGAGCGCUUGAGGGCGACGUGGUGGCCGUCGAGCUGCUCGACCCGCUCGAGGUGUGGAACACGAAAAAGGAAAAGGAGGACAAGAAGAAGCGCAAGGAGGAGCAGACGGGGCUGGCGUCGCGCAAGCCGGACAAGGCCAAGGACGACCUCGAGGUCGAGGGCGCCCAGCUCAAGCUGAUCGAGGACGAGGAGGAGAACGAGUCGUCGCCGCCGGCGUUUGCGGGCCACGUCGUCGCCAUCGAGCGGCAGCAGGCCGAGCGCGCCCAGCGCGACGGCGUCGACCCGAGCCAGCUGCCCGAGGUGGUGCAGCCUCGGCCCAAGAUCAUCUGGUUCCGCCCGUCGGACAAGCGCGUGCCGCUGAUCGCCAUCCCCGCCGACCAGGCGCCGCGCGACUUUUGGGAAGACGGCGGACAGGAGAGCUACAACAACCGCCUCUUUGUCGCCUGCAUCAAGCGCUGGCCCAUCACCUCGCUCCACCCGUUCGGCACGCUGGUCGAGGAGAUUGGCGUCAUUGGCAACGUCGAGGCCGAGACCCAGGCGCUGCUCAAGGACAGCCUCAGCUCGGCGACCGAAGAGUUUGGCGACAACGCGCUCAAGUGCCUUCCGCCGCUGCCCUGGAGCAUCCCCGACAAGGAGCUCGAGUCGCGCCGCGACUUCCGCGCUCACCGCGUCUUUACCAUCGACCCCGAGACUGCCAAGGACCUCGACGACGCCCUCAGCAUCACCAAGCUCGACGGCGGCCUGUACGAGGUGGGCGUCCACAUCGCCGACGUGUCGCACUUUGUCAAGCUCGGAUCGGCCCUCGACCGCGAGGCGCGCAAGCGCGGCACCUCGGUCUACCUCGUCCAGCGCGCCAUCCCCAUGCUGCCGCCCACACUGUGCGAGGAGCUCUGCUCGCUGGUGCCCGACGUCGAGCGCCUCGCCUUUUCGGCCGUCUUCACCAUGAACGAGGACGCGCGCGUCAUCGGGCGCUGGUUUGGCAAGACGAUCAUCCGCAGCUGCGCCAAGCUGGCCUACUCGGACGCCCAGCGCGUCAUCGAGGGCGGCGAGCUGCCCGACGGCAAGGUCAACCGCGACCACGCCGUCUCGGACGUGGCCGCCGACAUCAAGCUGCUCGACGCGCUCGCCAAGAAGAUGCGCGCCCGCCGCUUCGAGGGCGGCGCGCUCAAGAUCAACAACGUCAAGCUCAGCUUCCGCCUCGACGACAACGGCCUGCCGAUGGACGCCAGCGUCUACAAGACCUACGACGCCCACCAGCUGAUCGAGGAGUUUAUGCUGCAGGCCAACAUGGACGUGGCCUCGCAGAUCGCGGCGGGCCUGCCGGACGUGGCGCUGCUGCGCCGCCACGAGCGUCCGCUCGACCGCCGCCUCGACGGCUUCCUGCGCCGCGCCAAGUCGAUGGGCUACGACAUCGACGUGUCCACCGCCGGCGGCCUCUACAAGAGCCUGCAGCAGAUUGACGACGACAAGACGCGCGUGGCGCUCGAGACGCUCGUCACCAAGGCCAUGCUGCGCGCCAAGUACUUCUGCACUGGCAUGGUCGACAUCGCAAAGUACCAGCACUACGCGCUCAACGUGGCGCUCUACACGCACUUCACCUCGCCCAUCCGCCGGUACGCCGACCUGAUGGUGCACCGCCAGCUCGAGGCGGUGCUGGCCAAGCAGGACAAGUUUGGCGUCGACCGCGAGGCCAUGGCCAAGAUCGCGCAGCAGUGCAACGUCAAGAAGGACGCCGCCAAGGCGGCCCAGGAGCAGAGCGCCCACCUCUUCCUCUGCCUGCUGAUCCACGACCUCACCAUGCGCUACGGUCCCGUCGUCCGCACGGCCACCGUCAUUGGCGUGCUCGACGCCGCGUUUGACGUCGUCGUGCCCGAGUUUGGCGUCGAGAAGCGCGUCCACGUCGACCAGAUGCCCAUCGAGCAUCACGACUACGACACCGACGCCAACGCGCUCUCGAUCUACUGGAAGCGCGACGUCGACGUCAUUUCCUGGCUCGCUGAAAACUCGGACGACGUGCACGUCAAGAAGCUCCAGAGCCUGGCGCGCCAGCACGCCGCCAUGGAGAUGACGUCGCAGUCGCACACCGACGAGGCGGCCCUCUUUGACGACGACGACGACGACGACGAAGACGACGGCGGCGAGGGCGCCGGCGCGCGCGGACUGCUGGCGGCGCAGCGCUUUGCCGCCUCGGCCGAGGAGGUCAAGGGCAGCACGCAGCGCCACAAGAGCUACGAGAAGCCGCAGCUGCAUCACACGACGGCGACGACGACGACGACGACGACUUGA